UUUGCCAGUCAGAGAGCGAAACAAGGAAGGCGUUUUUUUUAAGCAAGAGAAACCCGAAAUGACGACGGCUGUUCCGAGAAGUAGCCUACUUUUUAAUUCACAAUUGAUCUAGACACCUCUUUGACUUGCCAAGUUCCUGUAAAGUUUAUGCAACAAGAUUUAACUUCUUCCAAGUGGAUAGAGCAGCCUGCGGGUGUUCUUUGAAGAAGUCUUGCGAAUGCUCAACAACGUGAGCCAAUAGCUCCUUAUGGUGAAGUUGAUACUUGUAACAUUACCAACAAUAUAUUUAAAACGGCAGACAGUUCUACUGAUGACAUUUCUAUUAGUUUGGCACAAACUUUGUUUCGCAUUAAUAUUGAUAAGCAGAGUCCUCUAUGGCAAAGUAACUGUAAAAGGUAGCGUGAGUUUGCUGUCCACUGUGUCAGCUGCAAACAUUAAAACAUUUUUUUCUGUCGAUUUUAUUUCUGAUUUUUCGUCGAUUUGUUUGAUCAGUUGGGUUUUUGUCGACGUCACGUCCUCUUUGUGUAGGGCUCGUAUUGGAAGUUGAGGUUUAACUUAAUUCUGGCCGCUAAACAACUGCGAAACCCACUUACAGCGGUGCAAUAAUAAGGUUGAUGGUAAAACCGCUGGUUCAUGUAGGCUACCAUGGAUUUGGAGCGACAGAAGCGUCGAGAAGAUAUUCAGAGGGCACUGGCGUUUAUACAGUCCUCUUUGCCUUUUCCAGAGCCUGAAAGCUACGAGGUGUUCCUGACACAGCUAGUGUGCAACCUCCUGGACGAGGGCAAUGCCACCUUUCGGGAGGGCAGCUGGAGGAAGGCGCUGAGGCAUUACAGUGAGGGCAUUAGCGUGGCGAACUAUGCCAGGGAGGAGGCCCUCUCCAUCCCCACUGCCCUACUGGAGAGCCUGUACUUGAACAGGGCAGCCGCCAACUAUAGUGUGCACGAGUAUGAGCUGGGACUGCAGGACUGCGAGCGUGUGUUGGCUGUCGAGAAGGACAGCCAGAGAGCGCUCUACAGGAAGGCUCUAUGCCUGAGAGAGCUCGGCCGUGUGAGGGAGGCAUACGACUGCAGCACAGAGUGCCUUCUAUCCUCACCCCAGGACACACGGGUGAACGAGCUAGCACAGGAGCUUGCCUGCAAACUGGGCCUGAAGACUCGAAAGGCCUACACCAGCUCUCCGGAUGAUUUGACUCCAACAGAAGGGAGUAAUGGACAUUCGGCCCCAGCUACUGAAGAAGAGGGCACAUCAAAUGGUCUUGAUUUCUUGAGUGACAUUUCAUCAGUCCAGUUGUCCUUGGGCAUUCCGAUCCCAGUCAGUGAGGAAUCCUCCCCUCCACCCAUGUGCGCCGCCAAGACCGUCAUGUUCUCAGACAGCGCGGCUCUUAGUCCUGAGUGUGUGCCUCUGUCAAUUCCCAUCUCUGGGGACAUGGGGAGCUGUGAGGUGUUGGGGGACGAACUGGACAGCCUCCUGGAUGCAUGUGUGUCCACAGUGGAGCAGCCCAACCUGCUGACUAUACCAAGUCACCUGCCUGUUAAACCUUCCGUGGGUCUGUCGCCUGCCUUUCCCGCCCCCACAACCACCUCACCCCUGCUGCCAUCUGACCUCUUCGGUUCGGCCCUCAGCCAGCUAAACUCUCUGGAUGCCUUCUCGGGGCUCUGUCCGGCCCAGGCAGCCUCACCCAGAGGCUUGGACGCCCUGGAUGCCCUGGAUGCCCCAGAUUCCAUGGAUGUCCUAGAUGCCCUGGACGCAUUCUCUCCCCUGGGGGCUACCUCACAUGCUUCCCUGGGGCCAGCGCUGGUGGUGGGCGGAGUGGGGUUGGACUCUCUGUCUGAAUUCUCCCUGCCUAGCAGUAAAGAGCCGCAUAGUUUUCUGUCAUCAUUACGGACACCAAACCCUCCAAACAGAUAUAAUGGUCAGAUGAUUUCUAAGCUCUACCUGCUUUCACGGAACCCUCUAGAAGCCACACAUGAGUUUAUUCAGGCCUGCCCUAUCUGUUAUGUGAAGAACGGCCCAGGAGUGUUGGACUAUCAGUACCAUCCGGAUCAGGCCCAUGACUGUAAGAGGAACACCCUGCUUUGCCGGAGGAAGAAUCCAGAAGAUCCCACCUGGAAAAGGGUUCGUCCCAGGCCAGCAUACAACAACUUCAUGGGACCCUUUGUGCUUUGCAAAGAGGUGCAAGAGCGUCAGGAGUGUAAGUACGGGGAGAACUGCACGUUUGCGUACCACCAGGAGGAAAUUGACGUGUGGACGCAGGAGCGGAUGGGCACCCUGAUCAGAGAGCUGCUCUUCGACCCUCUGGGCUCCUCUGGUGGCCAGGCGCUCAGCAUCGCCCAGCUGCUGCACAUCCACGCCGGCAUGUUCAUGUUCCUCUGUAAGGAAUGUUUUGAUAGUAAGCCCCGGAUCAUUAGUAGACACUGCAAAGAGAACAAGACUGUCUGCUCCAAUCUGACCACCCACCAUGUGUUUGACCACAACAAAUGUUUAGUGCACGUGGAGAAAGCCAAUGGCAGGGUGCGUUACACAAAGAUCCGCCCGCUGCGGCUCCAGUGCCAGUUUGACGUGUGUCGAUAUGAGGCGCGUUGUGGCUGCCAGCACGAGGACGGCUGUCCUUUCGCCCACUCCGUCAUCGAGCUCAAGUGCUGGGUGCUACAGCACAGCUCUGGCACCACCCAAGAAGAAAUCGUGCAGGAGUCCAAGAGACAAUGGCACAAACAGGAGCUGAUCCUGAAGAGACAGAAGCCUGCAUAUGUUCCAGCCAAGCCAGUAGCUCCUGCCAACAGCCCUCCAUCAGCAGGAGGAAGUGCUGGCCCGUCCAGAGGGCGGAGCUUGAACAUGAAGAUGAAGUUUGUGUGCAGUCAGUGCUGGAGGGACGGCGUGGUCAACGAGCCAGACAAGGCGUUCAAGUACUGUCUGGGCAAAGCCCGCCACAGCUGGAUUAAGGAACAUCGGGUGCUGCUGGUGAAUGCCUUUGAGAAGUGGGUGAUGGUCAGAGCACCACCCUUUUCUAAGCACCACUUUCAGAAGUACGAUAUCUGUGCCCAUGUGCUUAAGCAGAGGAAAUGCACUUAUCCGGGGAACUGCUCCUUCGCUCACAGCCAGGAGGAGAGGGACGUGUGGACCUACAUGAAGAACGAAGGCUUGCAGGACAUGCAGCAGCUGUAUGACAUGUGGCUGACCACGUCCAGUCAGAGCCACCAUCCAAACAACACCUCCCCGCACCAGCGAACCGAUGACAAGCAUAUCGCAAUGCCAACAGAUUAUGCCGAUCUAAUGAGUGGCUUCCAUUGUUGGCUCUGUGGGAAGCACAGCAACAGCGAGCGGCAGUGGCAGCAGCACAUCUCCACAGAGAAGCACAAGGACCGCCUGUUCAAAGAGGACGAGGAGAACCUGGACUGGAUGUACCGCUUCCCUGGACUCCACCUCUCCCUCUGCCCCAGGUUGGGUGGUGCAUGUCCAGACGGCCAUGCCUGUGAUUUUGCCCACAGCGAGGAGGAGCUUGAAGAGUGGCAUGAGCGACGGGCCUUCUUGCGGCGGAAGCUGGCCAAGGCCCGGGCCGAUAUGCUGAUUGCCCCCACUGACUUCAACUUCGGGAGGUACAACUUCCUCCUAAGGGACUGAGCCAUCCUCCAGGAUUCACAUUCAUUAAUUACAUAUGCACGUUAUGCACAAACACACACACACAUGUAUAUGGAGACUGCCAUCAAAAUAGUUUUUCAGUGAAGUGCAAGUUAAUAACUAGUCUACUGUCCUCUGACUUCAAGGAUCAAGGAUCAAUGAAAUCUAAAUAUACACUGCUCACAAAAAGUUAGGGAUAUCUGGCUUUUGGGUGAAAUUGUAUGUUUCAGUAACGAAAGUAUUGAAACAUUGAACUGUUGAACAUGCACAUUCAAAAGUUUAGAGAAGGUCACAUUAAGUUCAGCUGUAACGGUUAUAGUGGAUUUUAGGUGCAUCCUGAAAUGUCACCCGAAAGCCGAAUAUCCCUGACUUUUUGAGUAGUGUAGAAUAAAAUUGCACCCCCAAGACAUUUCUAAAAUUAAUUCUCCAUGAAUUAAUCAGAAUUUCUAAUCCAGCUACCAAUUAGAAAACAGUGUUUCCCUUCCCUGGCCUCCAAUUGUCUGCCCUGCCCCUCCCUGCCCUGCCCCCCCUCCCCACUAAACUUUGAAUUGUCCAUUAAAGGGGGAACAUUUUGCACAUUUAAGCUAUUAGUGAUAAGUUGACUCUGCAGUAUUGUUUACCUUUUCAGGCCUAUCCCAGAAUAUGUAUCAUAUUGAUAUUCUUCAGAAUCAGACAUAGUUUUAGGUGUGUGUGUGUGUGUGUGUGUGUGUGUGUGUGUGUGUGUGUGUGUGUGUGUGUGUUGCAGAUAAAGGUUGAUAAUCAUGAUUCAAAUGUGUCCAAAUCUAGUUCUGAGCAUUCAAGACCAUGGUCUUGUAAGGUUCAGUUGUGUCAUUAGCACUGGCAUUUGCGACCAAAGUCAGUGUGCAUUUCUCUAUCUUUGUAUGCAGUGAAAGUGUGCCAGCAAAUCAUUGCAAUACAGACUUUAUACUGACUAUAAUGCUAUUGAAAGGAUACAUUGCAGUACAUUGAAUAUUAAGUGAUUUGUAAUUGCACAAAGAAAGUGUUGUAUUGUCCCGACAGCUUGAAGGAGUUGAACCACAGAGAAAGCAUUCAAACAAAAUGUGUAUUUUUGGAAAACAUAGUGAUUGUAACUGUAGGGUUUUGCAAACCAGACGGACAUAAAUAGAACUGAGUCAGCAGCAGAAUUAUACAGUUCAAUGCUGUGAACAAGGAGUGGUUGUGUUAACCAGCAGGAGAAUGUAGUGGCUUUGUGGUGGCACAGUCCCAUGCUUGGGUUUUAAGCAUUCCUGACAUUGUUGCUACAGUCAAUGAAUGGUGGUGGUAUUGACCCAGUAAGAGAAAUAAAGUCAUAACAGUUAGGUUUGCAGAGAAAAUAAUUAAGGCAGCACAACUAAAGGGAAAACCACACAUAGAUCAUUGUUUUCUGUUAUAAUUCACUGGUACUUUGUGUUGGAUAAAAAUUUGGACAAAAAAUGUACAUUCAAGAGAGACAUUCUGUAUGUAUUUUAAUCUGCCUACUUCAGUCAUUUUCACAGGCGUAUUAUAAUUAUUCCGCCUGCUUUUACAAAAGAGCUGCUAGUCCUAUGGGGGUCGACUAAACCACUUCUUUAUAAAAGCACAAGUCUGGAGGCAGCUUGCUGAAAUUACGUUGCACUCUGAAUCAACACUGUGACAUCCACCUCCUCUUUCAUAAAUGGUUGGAUUAGAUCAGGCAUUUUGAAAUCGGUUAACUCUGGGUCCCAUGCAAAUUCAAGCCACAUUCUCUCACAGUUUGCUCCAAACCUAGUAUUUAAUAAAUAUGUCACAUCCGAGAAUAAUGCAUUGUUGAAUGAAAGAAGGGAGCAUGAAAAACACCUCAAGGAGAUCAAGAAUAGUGAAAACUACAAGUCAUGUGUCCAUGUGUUUGUCACAAGUGAUCAAAAAUGUAAGAAGAAGUAAAACUGUAAAAGUAAAGAUGAAGAUAGUGUGAAUGUGAAUACACUACUUCUAUGUUUUUAAACAGAAGUACCAGAAAGAUGGUAAAAAUGGAUUUAUCUUGAACAACCGCAUAAUAUGUUUGUUUACAAUGUCUGUAUCUAGACAGUCUCACUGAAAUGUUACGCUUGUGAACAUACAAUCAGAAGAUAUACUCUCUUUGUAUUGUAAGAUAAUGUAACAUCUAUAUUAGGUUGUAGAAUGUAGAGAAUAGUUAUGUGAACAAUUUAGAAUUUAGAACAAUCUUUGUUGCCAGUAUAAUCUGCACCAUUUAUAUGUUGUGGUAUUUGGUUCCUUGGCUUAAUGAGGGACCUAUCCUCAUAUGUCUCUGUGCCUUAAAGUUGUUACACCUUUAUACUGUUGGUAGUUAAAAACUGUUAGUGGUUAUAUUGUUCAGUGCCACAACCCAGUCACAACCAGUCAUUCCUGACCUGAUCAGUAGAGAAGUAGAGAUUUUCCUUUUGUGUGCCAAAGUAUCCGCAUUCAAGGCACUACUGAAGGCCUAGAUGUAUUAGAAAUACUGGACUUAACACAAAUGUCUGCAGAAAGCAUCAAUGAUCGGUUAUUUCUUAUUUCACUUGCCAGUAUUUUUUUUUUACUUCUCUCUAUUAUGAAGAAAAGGGUGUUUCUUUUGGUUGAUGCAGCAUUCCAUCUUCAAGUUAAGAGCAGUAGCGAAGCAUGUGAAAUAUACUCCAGAUUCAGGUCUGAACAACAAGCAUCUCUAACUACUGUUUCACACUUCUAAUGUAAAUUACCAUUAGGCUUCUAAAACAAACAGGACUGGCAACUUUUGUUGUUCUGUAUGAUAAUUAAGUUCAUCUCUCCCCCUUGCCUGGGAUGGUUCUCAGUGGCCUACCCCCAUGUCCAUUCUACAUUUGGUUGGUAUCCUUUACACCAGUUUCCUUCCUGGCCUCAGGUAUCUGGGUGAGGCCAGAGCACGGACCUUUUACAUGUUUUUACAUUAUGAGCUCACCAUUACCAUGCAUCUCAUGUUCUUAGUCUUAGAGUAUUCAGCCAUUUCUUACACUCUCAUUGUGUUGGCACGUUGAAACAAUUUUAGCAGAUUGUGUUCUUUUUGAUCAUUUUGUAAACCCCCCAAAAAACUGAACUCCAGGGCAUAACUAAGUUGAGCUUUUACACUGUUAUGAAACAGAGAGCUUCACAAUGGUCUUUAAACAAAUAAUAACUGCUUUACUGUUUUUACAAGAUUGUAUUGUUAUUUCUCUUGGGAAAAGAAAGGCUUGUGAUUGCUAUACUAUCUCAUUUAUGUUCUAUGAAUUUCAUAGUGUGAAAAUGGGUCUCACUGUGUACAUAUGGAUUGAAUGUGAAAAGACCCAGACACAGAGAACUGUUUUUAGGUCUUGAGGAUUUUGACAUUAUCAUGUGAGCAAUGGACCAAAGCAUGCCAAUAAAGAUCUUAAGGGAU